AUGGUAUGUGUUGGUAGAAAGGAAAAUAACCACAUGGUGAUUUGUUUAAAAGUAAUUGUUAAUUAUAAAAGAAUUUGUAACCCCCGUAUCCUUCAUGCUGUACAAAUUGCGGAGGCAUACGGUUUAACAUUCAAUCUCCCAAUUAGUUCGGACUUAUUUUUAAAAUUAAUUUGCGCUACUUUGAAAAUCCGAAUAAAUGAAAGUAAUAGACGCCUAAGUUUUGCAGGUUUAGCAAGCAUUCCGAAUGUACACUUAUCAGCAAAUUUUUAUAAUGGUGAUUUUAGUGCUAAUGGUGAAGACAACAGUUUUUGCGUGUCUCAUAUGAAGUUCAUUCGUCAAAAUGAUGCCUUUCUUAUUAUUUACGGUAGUACUUUUGCAAUUUCUUAUAAAUGA